CACUUCCUCAAACUCUGAAGCGUGUGUGUGUGUGUGUGUGUGUGUGUGUGUGUGCGUCUCAUUCAGUCUCUGACCAGGAAACGAAACCGAGCCCCGGCAGCAGAACUCCAGCCCGUGUGUGUGCUGCAGCGGGCCCGGUGCUGUGGAGGUUCUAAUGGCAGGUCCGAGGAGCGGAGCCGGAGCUGGAGCGACAGUGACCCGGCACAGAGGACACCCUGCUGCCGCCACACUCCUCACGCUGCUCUCGGCGCUGCUCACCUGCUGCGUCAGGUGUGCGGAACCGAGCAAACCGAGCAACAUCAUCCUGAUCCUCGCCGACGACCAGGAUGUCCAGCUGGGGGGGAUGACGCCGAUGAAGAAAACCAGAACCAUGAUCGGAGAAGCAGGAGCGACGUUUGUGAACGCUUUCACAGUCACGCCGCUGUGCUGCCCGAGCAGGAGCAGCAUUUUAACCGGUCAGUACCCGCACAACCACGAGGUGAGGAACAACUCCCUCUCCGGGAACUGCUCCAGCCCGCUGUGGCAGAAAGGCCCCGAGUCCGAGGCCUUCCCCACCUACCUCCUCAAACAGAAGUACCAGACGUUCUUCGCUGGGAAAUAUCUGAACCAGUACGGUAAGAAAGACGGCGACGUCAGCCAUGUUCCACCUGGCUGGGAUCAGUGGAAUGCAUUGGUGGGGAACUCGCAGUACUACAACUACACGCUGUCCGUCAACGGUAAAGAGGAGAAGCACGGAGACAGCUAUGAGAAGGACUACCUCACAGACCUCAUAGCGAACCGGUCCCUGAACUUCCUGGACAACAGGAGUCCUCAGCAUCCCUUCUUCCUGAUGCUCGCUCCUCCGGCUCCUCACUCGCCGUGGACGGCGGCGCCGCAGUACCAGAAAGUGUUCGACGACGUUAAAGCGCCUCGAGACGGGAGCUUCGACAAACCGGGGAAGGACAAACACUGGCUGCUGCGUCAGCCUGUCAACCCCAUGCCGAGCAGCUCCGUCAGCUUCUUGGACAACGCGUACAGGCAAAGGUGGCAGACUCUGCUGUCUGUGGACGACAUGGUGGAGCUGCUGGUCAACAAACUUACGAGUAUAAAGGAACUGGACAACACCUACAUCAUCUACACCUCAGACAACGGCUACCACACAGGUCAGUUCUCUCUGCCCAUCGACAAGAGGCAGCUGUAUGAGUUCGACAUCAGGAUCCCGCUCAUGGUCCGCGGCCCCGGCAUCAAACCCAACCAGACGCUGAAGGCUCCGGUGUUGAACAUCGACCUGGCUCCCACCAUACUGGACAUAUCCGGCGUGGACCUGUCCACUGUGAAUGUGGAUGGACAGUCGUUCCUCGCUCAGAUGGCUCCAUCACUGCGUAACGGCACCGAGCGACCCUUCUUCCUCGUUGAAUACACCGGAGAGGGACAUGCGACCACAGAUCCGGCUUGUCCCAAACUGGGUCCUGGACUGUCUCAAUGUUUCCCAGACUGCGUUUGCGAAGACGCCUUCAACAACACAUACGCCUGCGUCCGGACCCUGGACAAAGAACACGACAUGCAGUACUGCGAGUUUGCGGACAGUGAGUCGUUCGUAGAAGUUUAUAACCUGGCGUCAGACCCCUAUCAGCUGGAGAACAUCGUGAAGAAGGUGGACCCCGCCGUCCUGCAGGCGAUGAACCAGCGACUCAUAAAGCUCCAGUCGUGCGAGGGUGACAGCUGCCGCAACAUCAAGUGACGAAGAAGAAGAAGACGGAGGGAGGGAGCUGCCAAACAGACUCCAUCAGUCUCUCAGUGGAACAUUCACCACAAGUACGACAUCUGGAUAAACCUUUUUUCAUGAGCAUGUGAAAUCCUGACAGGUCACAGGAGGAAAAAGUACAGGUGUAAAUAAAUAACACCUGAGCGAUGGCUGAAGUUUAUCCUUCAGUUUCAGGGUCCUGGAGUUUGUGCAUGCUGGCUCACUGUCACUCUGUCGAGGUUCACUGGGACGUUUAAAUCAAACCGAGCCAUCGUUAGAGGAAAGUUCAACAUUUUGGGGAAAUACGUGCACACUCAUUAGCUUUUGUAAGACUGUUUCCAUCGCGUAUGCUGCUAAUAACACAGAAAUCUCCACAGUAAGGGCUGAUUUGUACGGAAGCCCUAAAAGGCCAUACAUACAUACAUUUUAUUCCACCUGUUAUCACGAGAAAACGGAGAAAAUUACCUUGUUAUCACGUGAAAACGGAGAAAAUUAUCUCGUUAUCACGGUAAAACGGAGAAAAUUAUCUCAUUAUCACGACAAAACGGAGAAAAUUAUCUCGUUAUCACGACAAAACAGAGAAAAUUAUCUCAUUAUCACGACAAAACGGAGAAAAUUAUCUCGUUAUCACGGGAGAACGGGUGGAAUAAAAUGUAUGUAUGGUCUUUUAGGGCUUCCGUAGAUUUAAGCUCAAAGAAAUACAAUUAUUUACUGUAUUGCCAAAAAAUUACAUGAGACCACUCUGUCUGUCUUAUGUAUAUGUAGCUACAGCCAUGCUACGGUUAGUUUGAAUUACACCACGUCUGUUAUGUUUGCUGCUAAUAACACAGACCAAUAAGAACUCAUUCAAACUUAUAGUUUAAUAAACAGUUUAGUUUAUUAUUCUCACAUCUGUCCGUUAGCUUCAGUUAGCAUCAAGACUGUGUCUGUUAUUUUGUAACUUGGUUUUUGUUUCAUGACUCGACAGUCUGAGGUUUUGUUAAAUUAACUGUUCACUUAAGAUGAGAAGAUUGAUCUGAGAUGCUAAUCGUGAAGCUACAACUGGGUGACGGCUUAAUUUAAACAUAGAGACGGUUUAAUCUGUGCAGAAAUAUAUUAUAUUCACUUCAAUAUAGCCUGUGAAGUCAGUCAAAUGUCUGUUUUCCCCAAAGUGUUGGACUUUCUAAAGUUUUUAAUAACAGCUGUGCUUUUUCUUCUAUGACGAGUCGUGUUAUUUUUCCCUGAGCUGUGCUCGUUCAUCUCGUACUUUGACUUUAUUAUUCUUCUUUUUAAGAUUUCCACGUGCACGUUGUGCAGAUGUGUUUCUGUGUUUCUGCAUAUUUACUGCACUAUAAACUUUUUUCUUUCUUU